GUGCUGGCCGCUCUACAGAAUCCAUCAAGCCCAGGCGAAAAGAAGCCGUUUCGCUGUAACGUUUGUAAGAUCGGCUACGGUCAAGGUGCAACGUUGGAUAUCCAUCUCAGGUACGGCUCCCUUAGCUUUUCUGGAUUUUUUUCAUGGGAUGGAAGAUUAGGAUCGAAAUUUUUUGGUGGCAGUUCAGCUUUUUUUGUUUUGAACGAAUGUCAUAAGUUGCAGCUUGGACACUUGAAAUAUAUUUGUAAAGUCCAGAUACUAGAUCGAGGUUUUUCGAAAGUCCAAGAUAGUAAAAGUAGCAAAAAUAGUGAAAAUCUGAAUCCCUAUAAGGCUUUCCUUGAACUCGAUUCACCAGAGCUUCUCCCGUGGCUUGGAUUCUUCCACCCAUAUCACUACUACUCUGGAAUGUUUCCUAAGAUUAUCUUUUUGCAUCGUAUAAGCAAGAGUGUGAUCCAUGAACAACCAUCAACAACAUCAAUAAACAAGAAAUUAUCAAUCGAUGGACCUCCACCAUUUUUUAUUUUUUAUAGCAUUUUCUUUGAGCAGUUUUUGAAAAAGCCUCCAAUUGUGUCCAUUACGAUCAUUUUUGUAGUUUUGGUUAGCCGUAUAGGAAAAAUUCGUGGAUAUUUGGAAAAUUUGGUAAAUUGA